AACUUUCUAUAGAGAUCAGUGGGUUGCAUGCACUGUGAUGCAAGUUUACACGGCUUGUAAUUGUUUCGCGCCAUAUUCAUCGCAAAUUUUGCUUGUAAGCGAUUGUUUAAACGUGAAAGUAAUUCUGUAAAAUUAUGAUCAAAAAACGUAUCAAUGGACAGCUACUCGCCCAGCAUAUCGGCGAUCAAAUGAUAUUACUUGGCUUCGUUAACAAAGUAAAUUCGAACGGAACUAGUUUGGAGUUGAAGACAAGCGACAACAUGCUUGUAACCGUUGAUUUACAGGAGCCAAUCGAUAGCUGCCUCGAGGGCUACGUUGAAGUCCAUGGUACUGUCCAGUCAAAGUCAACUGUCUCCUGUAAUAGUUUUGUGCAGUUUCCCCCCGAAAUGACAGAAGAAUUCGAAUUUUGUGCCACUUGUUCACAGAUGUAGGACAAUAUGACGAACUCAUCAUGCUUUCCAACACAUUGGGAACUAACAAGUGGAGAUUGUCUGAAAAACAUACCAUUUUGUAAGGUGUUACCUGUAGUUUUGAGACAGGUGAUUGUUGCUGUUAUGUUCGUCAUUUUUAGUUUUUCAUAAAAUUGGUACACAACAAAGUAAGCUCUCAAUGCUAGUUAUCUGGCACAAAAGAAGCAAUGUGAGAGUUCGAAUAAUAUUAAAUAAUGUCCUUUUUUUAUUACAACUUACAAACUAUCUCACAGAUUAUAAAACGCCAACUCCAAUUUUGCACGAUGCAUCCAGUGAAAAACAUCUGCAUGUGCAAGAUGUUACAGGGCAUUCAGAAUGUUCUCUGAAAUAUAAUUUUCCCUUGAAAGUACAAUAAAACCACGUAUGUAAAGAAUAUUUGUUAAAUAGAUGUUUUUUUAUUAA